CUGAAUGCGGUAGUGCAGUUUGUUAUUAUAGGAGCUAGGUCGCAAUGGCAGGAGCAGGUUCAAGCUCAAAGAUGGGAGAAGAGGAGGAACUCACUUUGAGUGUCAAGUGGAGCGGCAAGGAGUACACGGUUCGAGUAUGCGGCGACGACACUAUGGGCGAGCUCAAGCGCCGUAUCUGCCAACUCACCACCGUCUUGCCCAAACGCCAAAAGCUUCUCUACCCCAAACUCCUCCCUUCUAGACUCGCCGACGACGCCGUUCUUCUCUCCUCUCUUCCUUUCAAGCCCUCUGUCAAAUUGACCAUGAUCGGUACUAUUGAGGAUGACAUCAUCGUGGAUCCGGUCGACUCGCCUGACGUUGUCGACGACUUUGAGCUCGGCCAAGACGAGGCUGUUGAUAUCAAACAUAAUCAUCUCAAUAACCAGAAAUUGAGGAGGCGUAUUGAUCAGUACAAGAUUGAGCUCAAGAAUCCGUGCCGGCAAGGAAAGAAGCUGCUAGUGCUGGAUAUUGAUUACACUCUCUUUGAUCAUCGGUCCACAGCUGAGAACCCGGUUCAACUCAUGCGGCCUUAUCUUCAUGAGUUUCUGACAGCGGCUUAUACCCAAUAUGAUAUAAUGAUAUGGUCUGCAACCAGCAUGAAACGGGUUGAAUUGAAGAUGGGACAGCUUGGGGUACUCAACAGUCCCAACUACAAAAUCACUGCUCUACUAGACCAUUUAGCAAUGAUUACCGUUCAGUCAGAUUCGCGUGGAAUCUUUGAUUGCAAGCCACUAGGCUUAAUCUGGGCUCACUUCCCCGAGUUCUACAGUUCAAAAAACACUAUAAUGUUUGAUGAUCUACGAAGAAAUUUUGUGAUGAACCCGCAAAAUGGUUUGAUCAUUAAGCCGUUCAGGAAGGCCCAUUCUAGCCGAGACACUGAUGAUGAACUUAUCAAACUCACAUCGUAUUUGCUUGCCAUUGCGGAACUUGAUGAUUUGAGUGCCCUUGAUCAUAAUCUGUGGCAGUCAUUUACUGAGGACAAUGUCAAAAGACGUCGAGAUGAAUGACAUUUGAAGCUCUGGACUAGUUUGUUGCAUAUAUUGACCUUUUGAGGUAUCUUAGGUUUGUCAUGUCCUAGAUAUAGUUUCGACUCAUCUCUGAUUCUACAUGUCUCUCCAAUAAGUGUGUAAACCUUAUUUUCCUCGGUCAAUGUAACUCGUCCGUUAAGAUUGACAGUGUAUGAAGUUUAGAAUGAGUGAAAAAAUAUGUUAUAAUGUCAUCCUUCUGACAGUUUUUGUUGGAGAAUCUUAUAUUGUGUCAUGAUCAAUUUACUGUUGGGGCACAUCUUAAUAUCUCUUACAUUUCAGGGA